AUGCUCAGGGCGGUUGUGGAUGCUCCUCAGCGGUUGCUGAAGGAGGGGAGAGAGUCCCAGAAGCUGGUACUGGUUGUGGUGUUUGUUGCUCUGUUCCUGGACAACAUGCUGCUUACUGUGGUGGUGCCCAUUGUGCCCACCUUCCUAUAUGCCACCGAGUUCAAAGAAGUCAACACUUCUCUGCACCCACGCUCCGCCACGACUUCCUCACAUGCCCUCACUUCUUCUGCCUUCUCCACCAUCUUCUCCUUCUUUGAAAACAACACCAUGGCUGUUGAAGAAAGUGCACCCAGUGGCACAGCGUGGACAAAUGGCACCAUCCUUCCUCCAGUCGCUGGAGCCAUUCCAGAACAUAAAAACAACUGCCUGCAAGGCACAGAGUUCUUGGAGGAAGAGAACAUAUGGGUCGGGGUUCUGUUUGCUUCAAAGGCUCUGAUGCAACUUCUGGUCAAUCCAUUCGUGGGGCCUCUCACCAACAGGAUUGGAUAUCACGUUCCCAUGUUUGCUGGCUUUGUCAUCAUGUUUCUCUCCACAGUUAUGUUUGCCUUUUCUGGUACCUAUACCCUGCUCUUUGUGGCCCGAACCCUUCAAGGCAUUGGAUCUUCAUUUUCAUCUGUGGCAGGUCUUGGGAUGCUGGCAAGUGUCUACACUGAUGACUAUGAGAGAGGACGUGCCAUGGGAAUUGCACUGGGGGGCCUGGCUUUGGGAGUGCUGGUGGGAGCUCCUUUCGGAAGUGUGAUGUAUGUGUUUGUUGGGAAGUCUGUACCCUUCCUCAUCUUGGCCUUUCUGGCACUGCUGGAUGGAGCACUCCAGCUUUGUAUCCUGCGGCCUUCCCAGGUCUCUCCCGAGAGUGCCAGGGGGACUCCGCUCCUUACGCUUCUCAAAGACCAUUAUAUCCUUGUGGCUGCAGGAUCCCUCUGCUUUGCCAAUAUGGGAGUGGCCAUGCUGGAGCCCACACUGCCCAUCUGGAUGAUGCAGACCAUGUGCUCCCCUGAGUGGCAGCUAGGUCUGGCCUUCUUGCCUGCCAGUGUGUCCUACCUCAUUGGCACCAACCUCUUUGGUGUGUUGGCCAACAAGAUGGGUCGGUGGCUCUGCUCCCUGAUUGGCAUGGUAGUAGUAGGUACCAGCUUGCUUUGUGUUCCUCUGGCUCAUGACAUUUUUGGCCUCAUUGGCCCCAAUGCAGGGCUUGGCUUUGCCAUAGGCAUGGUGGAUUCCUCUAUGAUGCCCAUCAUGGGACACCUGGUGGACCUGCGCCACACCUCUGUGUAUGGGAGUGUCUAUGCCAUCGCCGACGUGGCUUUUUGCAUGGGCUUUGCUAUAGGGCCAUCUACCGGGGGUGCCAUUGUGCAUGCCAUCGGCUUCCCCUGGCUCAUGGUCAUCAUUGGGGUCGUCAACAUCAUCUAUGCUCCUCUCUGCUACUACCUAAGGAGCCCCCCAGCCAAGGACGAGAAGCUUGCAAUUCUGAGCCAGAACUGCCCCAUGGAGACCCGGAUGUAUGCCACCCAGAAGCCCACAAGAGAAUUUCCUCUGGGGGAGGACAGCGAUGAGGAGUCUGGCAGUGAGGAGUAGGAGCAGAAGCCUUGUCACAUGUGGAUCCAGGAGGCCCAGGCUUUGGUGAUCACCUCUCUCCCCCGGAACCAGGUCACCAUGGGCUGCUCACUAGGCUUCACUUCCCUC